GCAGCCAUGCUGACCAGUUUUAUAGAAGGUCUUCUCUGCUGCCUUACAUUAAAGUCAACCAAUAUAGUUGUUCCAAUAGAAACCUCAGAACCUGCUGAUGGCUACGAGUUUGUUGAGGUGAAGCCAGGCCGGGUUAUGCGAGUUCGACGUAUCAUCCCUGACCGACCACUGGUAGAAGAACCAACUGGACAGGGUGGCACUGUCAGCUGCAGACGAAAGAUCACAGUAUAUCGUAAUGGACAACUAUUUAUUGAGAACUUAAGCGACACAGCAAGCACAGAAAUAAACAAUGGCCAGAAUGGAGAUACGGAGCCGAACACCACUUUGGAAGUUGAACUGGCCGAUUGUGGCCACUCCUCGCCCCCUGUCAGUAUUCCUGAUGCAAAAUCUGACACUGGAACAGCAGAAAAAUAUGGGACAUCAGAAAGUGGAGCAGGAGGAGAAACACCUGCUGCUGAACAGACUGACAUGUCGCAGCAACCCAGGAAGCACAGGCGGAAGCCCAAACGCACUGUGGUGAUCGACUGCAAGAGGAACAUAUCAGCCUGUAAAGGGACACACACAGAUGUGGCGCUCUUCUUCAUUCACGGGGUGGGAGGCUCACUGGACAUCUGGGAAAGCCAAUUCGAUUUCUUUUCCCGGUUGGGCUAUGAGGUGAUUGCCACAGACUUGGUUGGACACGGAGCCAGUUCCACACCACAAAUACCUGCGGCAUACACUUUCUACGCCCUUGCUGAGGAUAUGCGACUUAUCUUCAAGCGAUAUGCACGCAAGAGGAACAUUCUCAUAGGACAUUCUUAUGGUGUGUCAUUUUGUACGUUCCUGGCCCACGAGUAUCCAGAACAGAUCCACAAGAUGGUUAUGAUCAAUGGAGGUGGCCCCACAGCUCUGGAGCCCAGUCUGUGUUCCAUCUUCAACCUGCCCACAUGUGUGUUGUACUGCCUCUCCCCGCUGCUCGCCUGGAGCUUUCUCCAGGCUGGUUUUGCUCAACAUGGCACCAAAGAGAAGCAGCUGCUAAAAGAGAAUAAUGCCUUCAACGUGUCGUCUUUUGUCCUGCGCUCCAUGAUGAGCGGUCAGUACUGGCCCGAGGGAGAUGAGGUCUACCACGCUGAGCUCACAGUGCCCGUCCUGCUGGUUCAUGGCAUGCAUGACAAGUUUGUCCCCAUUGAGGAGGAUCAACGCAUGGCAGAGAUCCUCUUUAUGGGCUUCCUGAAGGUCCUGAACGACGGCAGUCACAUGGUUAUGAUGGAAUGUCCUGACACUGUCAACACACUUUUGCAAGAAUUCUUCCUCUGGGAGCCCGCUACCCCUCUUCUUUCAAAGAAAGAGCCAAGAAUACGUCCAGAGACUGCCAAAGCACAAAGUGAUGUGAAGGUGACAUCUGAACCUGCCAAAGUCCAAGCUGAAACUGGCAAGCAAAGCUCGUCAAAUGGUUCUACCCAGGAAAAUUCAGACAGCAGAACUCGAAAGUGACUACGCUCACUGCACUUUGGCUCAACUUAAAACUGAGCAUCCUGUGGCUGAAGACAGUGUCACAUGUCACGUUAUGUUCUGUGUGUCCUCGUGAAGUCAGCUGGUUUGAGUGGCUGAACAAAUUCCCACUUUGUCCAAAUGGCUCAAGCUGAAGUUGGGACAUUACAGAAAACUGGAGCUGAGUUUCCUUCAGUUGUGUGGCUGCAAGGACACACAACCUGCAGCUUCGCAGAAUGUGUCAAGAACAGAAGGCUGAAGGUAGAAUGCCAGAGCUGAAGAUGAACAAGAUGAUGAUGACAAGAAUGAUGUAGGUGCCUUAUCUGUGUGAGACCAGCAAGACUGACAAUCAGCAGCUGUUACCAAAGUGUGGAUCAAUGAAAAGGUUUCACCUGUCACAGCAGAGGGUGAAAAGGUAGUGAUGUCCUUCUGGAAUGUGACUAUGUGCGUUUUUGUUUUCUUUACAUAGUCCCCUUCAAGGUCAACACAUUUCUGACAAUGGUGCUACAGUGCUGAGAUCACUUCAGAAUAGAAGUUCUCAUUCUGAUGGUUAAAAAGCCCCAAGUUGCUCCCGAUGCGAGCACUUUGACAACAGUGUAUGUUUGUGUGAAUGUGAGGCAUCACUGUAAAGCGUUUUGAGCAUGAAAGCGAGAUAUGAAUGUAGUCUAUUUACCAUAAU